GUGGCCGCCGCCGCCGCCCGCACCAUGAUCGCCGCCGCUUUCCUCGUGCUGCUGAGACCCUACAGCAUCCAGUGCGCGCUCUUCCUCUUGUUGCUCCUGCUGGGCACCAUCGCCACCAUCGUCUUCUUCUGCUGCUGGCACCGCAAGCUCCAGAAAGGGAGGCAUCCGAUGCGAUCGGUCUUCUCGGGGCGCUCGAGGAGCCGAGAUGCUGUUCUGAGGUCUCACCACUUUCGUUCUGAGGGAUUCAGAGCCAGCCCUCGGCAUAUCAGAAGACGAGUUUUAGCGGCUACAGCUGCCCGCCUGGAAGAGGUGAAGCCCACAGAGGAGGCUUGUCACCAGAGUGAGCAGGAAGCUUCCGCCAGGAAGCGGAAGAUCAAGAAGAACAGCCGCGUCCAGCCUGAGUUUUAUCACUCUGUUCAAGGAUCUUCGGCCAGGAGCCCUAGCUCCGGGAACGCAUCUUAUCGCUGCUCCAUGUCUUCCUCUGUGGAUUUUUCUGACGAAGAUGAUUUCAGCCAGAAAUCAGGCUCAGCAUCACCAGCUCCCGGAGACACCUUACCCUGGAAUUUGCCUAAACAUGAGCGAUCCAAAAGAAAGAUUCAAGGGGGCUCCGUGCUGGACCCUGCCGAGAGGGCGGUGCUCAGGAUAGCAGAUGAACGGGACAAAGUACAAAAGAAAACAUUUACAAAAUGGAUAAAUCAGCAUCUCAUGAAGGUUCGAAAACAUGUGAAUGAUCUGUAUGAAGACUUAAGGGAUGGACACAAUUUGAUCUCUCUCUUAGAGGUUCUUUCCGGAGAUACCUUGCCCAGAGAGAAAGGUCGAAUGCGUUUUCACAGACUACAGAAUGUACAAAUUGCACUGGACUAUUUGAAAAGACGCCAGGUGAAAUUAGUGAAUAUUAGAAAUGAUGACAUAACAGAUGGAAAUCCCAAGUUAACUUUGGGACUAAUAUGGACAAUAAUUUUGCACUUUCAGAUAUCUGAUAUCCAUGUUACUGGAGAGUCAGAAGAUAUGUCUGCAAAAGAGAAAUUGCUACUGUGGACACAGCAGGCAACAGAAGGUUAUGCUGGAAUACGGUGUGAAAAUUUCACUACCUGCUGGAGAGAUGGAAAACUAUUUAAUGCCAUCAUCCAUAAAUACAGGCCCGACCUGAUCGACAUGAAUACUGUUGCUGUUCAAAGCAACCUUGCAAAUUUAGAGCACGCUUUUUAUGUAGCAGAAAAAAUUGGUGUUAUAAGACUUCUGGACCCUGAAGAUGUCGAUGUCUCCUCCCCUGAUGAAAAAUCGGUUAUAACCUAUGUGUCAUCUCUCUAUGAUGCAUUUCCCAAAGUCCCUGAGGGUGAUGAGGGCAUCGGUGCAAAUGAUGUUGAAGUCAAAUGGAUUGAAUACCAGAAUAUGGUGAACUACCUCAUCCAGUGGAUUAGACACCAUGUGACCAUAAUGUCUGAGAGAACAUUUCCUAAUAAUCCUGUAGAACUAAAGGCACUUUAUAAUCAGUAUUUACAGUUUAAAGAAACAGAAAUUCCACCAAAGGAGACAGAAAAAUCAAAAAUUAAACGCCUCUAUAAAUUAUUAGAGAUUUGGAUAGAAUUUGGGCGCAUCAAACUACUUCAAGGUUAUCAUCCAAAUGACAUAGAGAGAGAGUGGGGCAAACUCAUUAUCGCCAUGCUUGAGAGGGAGAAGGCUCUUCGCCCUGAAGUAGAGAGGUUGGAAAUGCUGCAGCAGAUUGCCAACCGGGUCCAAAGGGACAGUGUCAUCUGCGAAGACAAACUGUUGCUCGCCCGGAAUGCUCUCCAGUCUGAUUCCAAAAGAUUAGAAUCAGGGGUGCAGUUUCAGAAUGAAGCAGAAAUUGCCGGAUACAUACUUGAAUGUGAGAAUCUUUUACGCCAGCAUGUUAUUGAUGUACAGAUUCUUAUUGAUGGAAAAUACUACCAGGCAGAUAAAUUGAUACAGAGGGUUGCAAAACUGCGUGAUGAGAUUCUGGCCUUAAGGAAUGAGUGUUCCUCAGUGUAUAGCAAAGGACGCAUGCUGACGACAGAACAGACGAAGCUCAUGAUAUCAGGAAUUUCUCAAAGUUUGAACUCAGGGUUUGCACAGACCUUAAACCCCACUCUGACCUCAGGGCUGCCCCAGAGUUUAACACCUUCCCUGACCUCUUCUAGUGUGACGUCUGGCCUGUCAUCGGGGAUGACUUCUUGCCUAACUCCAUCUGUCACUCCAGCUUAUACACCUGGUUUCCCAUCAGGUUCAAUUCCAAACUUCAGUUCAGGAGUAGAGCCAAAUUCCUUGCAGUCUCUAAAAUUGAUGCAGAUCCGAAAACCCCUUCUAAAGUCAUCUUUGCUCGAUCAGAAUUUAACAGAAGAGGAAGUCAACAUGAAAUUUGUUCAGGAUCUUUUGAAUUGGGUUGAUGAGAUGCAGGUGCAGCUGGAUCGUACUGAAUGGGGCUCAGAUUUAUCAAGUGUUGAAAGCCAUUUAGAAAAUCAUAAAGAUGUUCACCGAGCUAUAGAAGAAUUUGAAUCUAGCCUUAAAGAAGCUAAAAUCAGCGAGAUUCAAAUGACAGCACCUCUUAAGCUAACUUACACAGAAAAGCUGCACAGAUUAGAGAGCCAGUAUGCAAAACUCUUGAAUACAUCCAGGAAUCAAGAACGGCACCUGGACACACUCCAUAAUUUUGUAACUCGUGCAACUAAGGAACUUAUUUGGUUGAAUGAAAAAGAAGAAGAGGAAGUUGCUUAUGACUGGAGUGAGAGAAAUACCCACAUAUCCCGGAAAAAAGAUUACCAUGUUGAAUUAAUGAGAGAACUUGAACAAAAGGAAGAGAAUAUUAAAUCAGUUCAGGAGAUAGCAGAACAGCUUCUUCUAGAAAAUCACCCAGCCCGUUUAACCAUUGAGGCCUACAAAGCAGCAAUGCAGACACAGUGGAGCUGGAUCUUACAGCUCUGCCAGUGUGUGGAACAGCACAUAAAGGAGAACACUGCUUAUUUUGAGUUUUUCAGUGAUGCCAAAGAAGCUACUGAUUACUUAAAGAAUCUGAAAGAUGCCAUUCAGCGGAAAUACAGCUGUGACAGAUCAAGCAGCAUUCACAAGCUGGAAGACCUUGUUCAGGAAUCAAUGGAAGAGAAAGAAGAGCUUCUGCAGUACAAGAACACAGUAGCAAGCCUGAUGGGGAGAGCCAAAACCAUAAUUCAGCUCAAGCCAAGGAAUUCUGACUGUCCACUCAAAACUUCUAUUCCCAUCAAAGCUAUAUGUGACUACAGACAAAUUGAGAUAACUAUUUACAAAGAUGAUGAAUGUGUUUUGGCAAACAACUCUCAUCGUGCUAAAUGGAAGGUCAUUAGUCCUACUGGGAAUGAGGCUAUGGUUCCAUCUGUGUGCUUCACUGUUCCUCCACCAAACAAAGAAGCAGCUGACUGUGCAAAUAGAAUUGAGCAACAAUAUCAGAAUGUCCUAGCUCUUUGGCAUGAAUCUCAUGUAAACAUGAAGAGUGUAGUGUCCUGGCAUUAUCUCAUCAAUGAAAUUGAUAGAAUUCGAGCUAGCAACGUGGCUUCAAUAAAGACCAUGUUGCCUGGUGAGCACCAGCAGGUUCUAAGUAAUCUACAGUCCCACUUUGAAGAUUUUCUGGAAGAUAGCCAGGAAUCCCAAAUAUUUUCUGGCUCAGAUAUAGCACAACUGGAAAAAGAAGUUAAUGUAUGUCAGCAGUAUUAUCAAGAACUUCUGAAAUCUGCAGAAAGAGAGGAGCAAGAGGAAUCAGUUUAUAAUCUGUACAUCUCUGAAGUUAGAAACAUUAGACUUCGGUUAGAGAACUGUGAAGAUCGACUGAUUAGACAGAUCCGAACUCCCCUGGAAAGAGACGAUUUGCAUGAAAGUGUGUUCAGAAUCGCAGAGCAGGAGAAACUAAGGAAAGAGCUGGAACGACUUAAAGAUGAUUUGGGAUCAAUCACAAAUAAGUGUGAAGAAUUCUUCAGUCAGGCAGCAACUUCUCCAUCUGUACCCACCCUACGAUCUGAGCUCAGUGUGGUCGUUCAGAACAUGAACCAAGUCUACUCCAUGUCUUCCACAUACAUAGAGAAGUUGAAAACGGUCAAUUUAGUAUUAAAAAACACUCAAGCUGCAGAAGCCCUUGUAAAACUCUAUGAAACCAAACUGUGUGAAGAAGAAGCAGUUAUAGCUGACAAGAAUAAUAUUGAGAACCUAAUAAGUACUUUAAAGCAAUGGCGAUCUGAAGUAGAUGAAAAGAGAGAGGUAUUCCAUGCUCUGGAGGAUGAGUUGCAGAAAGCAAAAACCAUCAGUGAUGAAAUGUUUAAGACGUAUAAAGAACGGGACCUUGAUUUUGACUGGCACAAAGAAAAAGCAGAUCAGUUAGUUGAAAGGUGGCAAAAUGUUCAUGUGCAGAUUGACAACAGGUUACGAGACUUAGAGGGGAUUGGGAAAUGCCUGAAGUACUACAGAGAUACCUAUCAUCCUUUAGAUGAUUGGAUCCAGCAGGUGGAAACUACUCAGAGAAAGAUUCAGGAGAAUCAGCCUGAAAACAGCAAAACCUUAGCCACACAGUUGAAUCAGCAGAAGAUGCUGGUAUCUGAAAUAGAAAUGAAACAGAACAAAAUGGAUGAGUGUCAAAAAUACGCAGAACAGUACUCAGCUACAGUAAAGGACUAUGAAUUGCAAACGAUGACCUACUGGGCCAUGGUAGAUUCACAGCAGAAAUCUCCAGUGAAACGCCGGAGAAUGCAGAGCUCAGCAGAUCUCAUUAUUCAAGAGUUCAUGGACCUUCGGACACGAUACACUGCUCUGGUCACACUCAUGACACAAUACAUUAAAUUUGCCGGUGAUUCAUUAAAAAGACUGGAAGAGGAGGAGAAAUCACUGGAAGAAGAAAAGAAAGACCAUGUUGACAAAGCCAAAGAAUUGCAGAAAUGGUUAUCAAGUAUCAGCAAGACACUAAGAGAUGGAGAGAAGGCUGGAAAAUCUCCCUUCUCUAAGCAAAAGAUUCCCAGUGAAGAAUUAUCAACUAAGAAGGAACAGUUAUCUGAAGCACUUCAAACUAUGCAGCUCUUUCUGGCUAAACAUGGAGACAAAAUGACAGGAGAAGAAAGAAAGGAAUUGGAAGAACAAGUGAAAACUCUUAAAGAAGGAUAUAAUUUAUUAUUUAGUGAAUCUCUGAAACAACUGGAAGUAUCACAAACCUCAGGAGAUAUAAUUGUAGAGGAGAAGCUGAAUAAAGUGAUUGCAGGCACCAUUGAUCAGACAACUGGAGAAGUCCUUUCAGUCUUUCAGGCAGUUUUAAGAGGCCUCAUUGACUAUGACACAGGAAUCAGGUUGCUUGAGACACAGCUGCUUAUUUCUGGUCUAAUUUCACCAGAAUUAAGAAAGUGUUUUAACCUCAAAGAUGCCAAAAGUCAUGGCCUUAUUGAUGAACAAAUUCUGUGCCAACUCAAAGAACUAAAUAAAGUUAAGGAGAUUAUUUCUGCUUCAUCAUCUACCAAAAUUCCUGUACUAGAUGCUUUGGCUCAAGGGAUGAUAUCAGAGCCCAUGGCCAUUAAAGUUCUUGAGAUCCUGUUUUCUACUGGAUUUCUGGUUAUCCCAGCCACCGGAGAACACUUGACUCUACAGAAGGCUUUCCAGCAGAACUUGGUUUCCUCAGCAUUAUUUUCUAAAGUCCUAGAAAGGCAAAAUACAUGCAGAAAUCUUAUUGACCCCUUCACCUCUGAGAAGGUGUCUUUAAUAGAUAUGGUACAAAGAAGUAUUUUACAAGAAAGUACCAGAAUGUGGCUUCUACCUGUGAGACCACAAGAAGGGGGUAGAAUAACAUUAAAAUGUGGAAGAAGCAUAAGCAUUCUAAGAGCGGCUCAUGAAGGUCUCAUAGACCGUGAGACCAUGUUUCGGUUAUUAGGUGCACAGCUUCUGUCUGGUGGUCUGAUCGAGUGUACCUCUGGUCAAAAGCUGACUGUUGAAGAAGCCAUGGCAAAGGGAGUGAUUGAUGGAAAUACUGCCCACAGUAUUCUCACCUAUCAGGUUCAGACGGGUGGGAUCAUCUGCUCCAGCCCAGCUAAACGCUUAACAGUGGAUGAAGCAGUCCAGUGCAACUUAAUCACUUCUAUCAGUGCUCUUUUGGUCCUGGAGGCUCAGCAAGGCUAUGUUGGUCUUAUUUGGCCUCACACUGGUGAAAUAUUCCCCACAUCAUCUUCCUUGCAGCAAGAGUUGAUUACAAAUGAAUUGGCCUACAAAAUUCUGAAUGGCAGGCAGAAAAUAGCGGCUCUCUAUAUUCCAGAAAGUUCUAAAGUCAUUGGUUUGGAUGUUGCUAAGCAGCUAGGAAUUAUAGAUAACAAUACAGCAUCGAUUUUAAAAAAUAUAGUACUGCCAGAUAAAAUGCCAGAUUUAGGAGAUUUAGAAACUUGUAAAAAUGCCAGAAGAUGGCUCUCUUUUUGUAAAUUCCAGCCAUCUACAGUUCAUGAUUACAGGCAAGAAGAAGAUGUUUUUGAUGGAGAAGAGUCAAUGGCAAUUCAGAGCUCGGAACAGACUGAGAAAUUAUUCUUAUCUUAUUUGAUGGUUAAUAGCUAUAUGGAUGCAAGCACAGGACAGAGGCUUUUGCUGUACGAUGGAGACUUGGAGGAGGCUGUUGGUAUGCUCCUGGAAGGCUGCAGUGCCGAAUUUGGUGAGGACACACCCAUAAACGACAGUCUUGAUGUCUUAGGUUGCCCUGAUUUAUUUCUUAAUCUUGCUUCAAGUAAAGAAAAGAAUGAAUGUACAGCUUCAACAACUAGGUCUGAUAAAUGUCGUUGUAGAGAACCAGGACAUACAGAGACUCCUAAAAAUCAAAAGGGUGUCAUAGAUGAAAAGUUUGAUGAAAUGGGAAAUAAUGGUAUCAGUAGUAAAUUUUGUCAGUCAGAAAACAUGGCAAACAUAGCAGCUGAUCAGGAAGUUAACACUUCAUUUAGCAUGUGCAUUCCCAAUCCUAUGUCAUAUGUAAAACAGACUGAACCUACAGAAUCUAGCAUGCUUAGACAUGACUCUGGAAACAUACUUGAUAACUGUGAAAAUCAAAGUCAAAACUUUGCAAAUGAUUUGAUAACAAGCCCUGUUAUGAAAUCAAAAACUGAUGGACUUUGUGAUAUCAGUGAAACAAAGAAUGAGGAUAACAUAAACCAGGAUUCAUCUAUCUUUGACUACUCUCCCAGGCUAAGUACCUUAUUAAGUCAUGAUAAAUUAAGGCAUAAUCAGAAAAGUUUUAAUGAUGUGCACACCCCAGAGAGUGAUGGAAGUCAGUAUGAAGCCUCCUUAUCAUUAAGCAACGAAAACAUGUUAUCAGAUCAAAGAAUGGGAGAAAGUUUUCAAGACCAGUUUCUUGGAAUUGCAGCUAUUAACAUCACUUUACAGGGAGAACAUGGUGAACAGAAGUCUUUAAAUAUUGCUUGUCGUAAUCUUCAAGUACAAUAUCCCAGUGAUAAAUAUAUGUCAGAUACUUUUGGUGAGAAUGAACAAAUGCGUACUGCUUCUCAGCAGAAACCUAUAGGCAAGCAAAAUGUAUCUGAAAUGGAAGAGUUCUUUGGUGCCAUGACCCAAGGGUGCAGUACCGAUGAUGCCAGUGCAUGUCAUAUCUGUGGUACUCCUGUGCUUGAAGAAACCAUCAGUGCUGGUGACUAUGAAACAUCACUGCUGGAUGAUCAGCAGAGUGAUGCAGGAACAGACACAGAUAGUGAUGAUGAUUUUUAUGAUACCCCCUUGUUUGAAGAUGAUGACCAUGAUUCUCUGCUUCUUGAAGGUGAUAUCCGGGAUUGUCUUCAGCCUGAGGACUAUGACACACUGCAAGAGGAAAAUGAUGGAAUGGUUCUUCCUGUUGAUGUUUUCUAUGAUAUUUCAAAAGAGAAUGAAAGCUCUGUGGUUCCCCAGGGAGGACUAGCUGGCAAUGUAAAUGUGAGGGACAAAGCACAAUGUCUUCAAGAUUUUCUCACAGGUAUUGAGAAAGCUGAGUUAGAUUCUAGUGACAGAAAAUAUUUAAGUUCAGUUAGCUCAGACAAGGUGAAUGAAUGGUCGAUGGAAACAUUAUCAGAAAGGGAACAUACAAAUUACCUCGAAGGUGGUGAGUCUGACUCAUUGACUGAUUGUGAAAUUGUAGGAAGUAAAGGGAGCUGUGGUGACUCAUUAGAAUUUGAUGACGCUGGCAGUUGGAGAAGAAAAGAGUAUGUAAUUGGCCAAUCUGAUACUGACCAUUUUGAUUCUAUGCAAAGUGAACAAAGUUAUGGGGAUUGUACGUCUGACAGUAAUGAUCAAGAUGAUGAUGACUAUGAUGGUGAUGAUGGUGAUGAUGAAGAAGGAGAAGUGGGAGAUGAGAAUGGAAAAUCUGUGUGCCAAGAUAAAGCUGAAGAUAACCAGUUGUGUUCCAUGGCUGUAAAGCAAAAUAGUGGUGAAAAUCAAAGUACUAAAAUGCUUCUCCUGGAUAAAAUGUGCGAUUCUAGUUCUUUAGUAACACAGCAAAGUAUAAGUGUUUUGCAGUUGGAAUCAACUAGGAAGAGCAUUUUAGUUACUGAAAGAAACAACCUUCAGGAACACACAACUGGGGAUGUUGGAAAAAGGGAAGAAAAUCUGUUGAGUCAUGAGGUAGUACUUAUAGAUACAUUGCUGCCUGUCACUAAAGACACUGAAUCAGGAAAAAUCUUUCGUCCUGAAGGUAUUUUACAUAGCAGUGUCAGUUCAGUUUCAGAAUUAGAGGGUGAUUUAAUGAACACAAAGAUCAAGGUGACUCAAGGGCCAGGAUCUGUCUGUCUUGAGAAUGUGACGGCCAAAAUCAACCCAUCUUUUGAUAAAAUCAUUUGUUCUCAGCCUGAGUUAAUUGGGAAACCUAAGGAAAACCAGUUGUCAUUCACAGCUUCUAUAACUGGCAGAGAUCACCAAGGAAAUGGGAGAGAUCCAGUAAAAGGGAAAGAUGACAAAAUCAGUAUACUAAUGGAAGGUGCUAUGUCAGCCCACAAAACACACUUAGGUAAAGAAGUACUUACAGGGGGGCCAGAAGAAGAGGAAAAUAAGUACCUCAAACUUCCACUUAAUAAAAGUACAAGAGAGAGCCUCAAUUUAGUUAAAAGUCAGUAUCCAUUUCCAAAAAUCACAAACAAUGAAGACCUUGAUCAGAAAGGAAGCCUUGAGAAGGCAACUGGAACUCUUAAGGAGAAACCAAAAAAUGUACAAACAGUGGUUAGUAAAAGCCCUGUUCAAUUCGAGGAUCUUGAAGAAAUAUUUGUCACACCAGUUUCCAAGGUGAUCUGUGACGACAUUACUUCAGGUGUUGGAUUAUCUGAAGGAAGUAACACUACUGAGAAAGAUUCAUUCACUGAUGCGCCUGAGAAAGAGCUUGAUCUGCUUACUUUCCUAAAAUAUGGUGCUAAAAACAUAAAAGCAAAAGAUGUGCUGAAACCAAGUGAAAAUACCCCUGGCCAUGUUUCGAUAGCUGACUUGUCCAUGAGAGAAGAUUUACAACUAGGAGUUAAUAUUACAAAAGACAAUUUGACUCCUACACAAGAAGACCAGCCUCAAAAUAAAAAGCUCCACCACAGUGAUCUUAUUACUAAAGAAAAUGUCUCACAAGGAGAAACAGAAAUUCCUCAGUUCACAUCAGAAAACAAUGAAGUCAUACUUCCAGUCUUGACCCUUAAAAAUGUGGAAGACCUCGGGGAAAAUGCUGAUAAUAUGCAGUCAGAGGUCUGUAUAAGUGAAAUAAGGAAUGAUAAUUCCAGUAAUACUUUAAAUACUGACUACUCAUUCUUAAACAUUAACAGUAAGAAAGAAGGAAUUGAGAAACAGCCACCAAGAGAACAAACUUUGUCUCCAGAACACCAAGAAAAGAUGAGACAGAUUGCUGAAUUAUCUCAGGUAUUUGUGGAGAAUGUAAAGGACAUCUUAAAAAGCAAAUUGAAAAGUAAUAUGAAUCCUCAAGAGGUGGGUGACCCUUCAGCCUGUGCAGACUCUGAAGCUUUGAUUCCAAUUUUAAUUAAAAAGAUAAGCUCAUUACAUUUGGUAAAUGAAACAUCUAAUGUGCCCAACAACUUGAAAAUCAGUGACUACUCUGGAGUAUCCCCCAUAAAUAACUCAUCAGAACUGAAGGCAGAGGGUAGAGAUGAUUCUUUUUAUAUUGCAAAUGUAAACUCUGAGCUUCUCCUUGAUACACUGAAGCAAAAUCAACACAGCCCCAAAAUUACAGGUGUGUUUGAGUUGAUGAGAGAAUUAACUCAGAUGGAGUAUGAUCUAGAGCAAAGAGAUACUUCAUCUAAAGUACUUCCAGUGCAACUUGAAAAUGCUUUCUGUAAGCGGCUUGCUGAUGGAGAUUCAGAAAAAGAACAAAUGAGAGACUUGAGUCAGAAAGCAUGUACCACUUUUGAGAUAGUGGAAGAAAAGCCACACAUUUUUGGUGAUGUUAAAAGCAAGGAAGGAAACUACUGUUCCCCUAACUUACAAACUAUACAGGAAAUGCGACUAGAAAGCUCUGUUGUGUGUGGAUCAGACUUACCAAGAGAUGAGAGGCUUGAAGACCUAUGCAGUGAUUUCCCAAACCAUUUGGGAUGUAUUGCUGGAUUAAAAGAAAUGACUUCUGGAGAUAGCUCAAUGGAAAAAUUUUCCAAUGAAUUGCAGCAGUGUUUACAGCACACUGAAAAAAUGCAUGAGUAUUUAGCUUUGCUUCAAGAUAUGACACCUCCUUUAGAAAACCAAGAGUCUGUGGAUAACAAUCUAGAAGCUUUGAAGAAUCAACUUAAACAUUUAGAGACAUUUGAAUUGAGACUAUCUCCAAUUGCUGUGAUUUUAAGAAAGAGUAUGAAAUCAGCAGAAGAAUUCUCAAAGUCUCUUCCCAGUGACUUUCCGAGAAUAUAUCUUGAAGAAUUGAGUAUAAGCCAUCAGAGUUUGCAGACUGCCUUUUCUUCCCUGAGCAACGUGUCUUCAGAAAGAAUAAAACAGAUCAUGCUUGCAAUUGACUCUGAAAUGUCCAAACUAGAAGUUUCCUAUGAAGAAUUUCUGCAUAAACUUAAGUCAUUCUCAGAAUGGAUAUCAGAGCAGAGCAGAUCUGUGACAUAUAUUGAGACUGUGAACAUUGAAGAUACUAAACGUGUAAAGAAAAAUUUGGAGUUCCUUAAGACUGUGUUAAAAGACCUUGGGCAUACCAAAAUGCAGCUGGAGACUACUGCCUUUGAUGUGCAGUUCUUCAUUUCUGAAUAUGCACAAGAUCUGUCUCCUAACCAAAGCAGACAACUGCUGCGGCUCUUAAAUGCAACUCAGAAGUGUUUUCUUGAUGUGCAGGCAUCAGUAACUAUGCAGGUGGAACGUUUAGAGAUGCAGUUACAGCUAGAACAAGAUCUUGAUGAUCAGAAGACCACGGCAGAACAUCAACAGGAGUACAAAGAGAAGCUCCAAGGGAUAUGUGAUCUUCUCACUCAAACUGAAAACCGCCUCAUCGGUCACCAGGAAGCCUUUGUGAUUGGAGAUGGCACAGUGGAGUUAAAGAAGUACAAGUCUGAGCAAGAGGAAUUACAGAAAGAUAUGCAAGGAAGUGCACAAGCAUUGGCAGAAAUUGUAAAAAAUACAGAAAACUUCUUAAAAGAGAAUGGUGAAAAGCUAUCACAAGAAGAUAAGGCUUUGAUUGAACAAAAACUUAGUGAAGCAAAGAUAAAGUAUGAGCAGCUUAAUUUGAAGGCCGAACAGUCAAAGAAGGAGCUGGAUAAAGUUGUGAAGACAGCAAUCAAGGAAGAAACGGAAAAGGUUGCAGCUGUGAAGCAGCUGGAAGAGAGCAAAACCAAAAUAGAAAACCUUUUGGACUGGUUGUCAAACGUUGACAAAAACUCAGGGAUAAAACACAAACAGGUCAUUGAACAGAAUGGGACCCAUUUUGAUGAAGGCGAUGGCAAGUCAGUGAUUGGAGAAGAAGACGAAGUUAACGGUAACCUGUUGGCUGCUGAUGUUGAUGUGCACCUUGGGGUCACUGAGGAGAAUUUGAACCAGCAAUACCAGAAGAUUAAGGCCCAACAUGAGCAGAUCAUCUCCCGGCACCAGGCAGUUAUCAUAGCCACACAGUCUGCACAAGCGUUGCUUGAGAAUCAGGGCCAUUAUCUCGCUCCUGAGGAGAAAGAUAAACUGCAGAAGAACAUGAAGGAGCUGAAAGCACAUUAUGAAACCACACUGGCCGAGUCAGAGAAGAAAAUGAAGUUAACACACUCCCUGCAGGAAGAAUUAGAAAAGUUUGAUGCUGAUUAUGGCGAGUUUGAGCACUGGCUCCAGCAGUCAGAACAAGAACUUGAAAAUUUGGAGGCAGGUGUGGAUGAUUUCAGUGGCUUACUGACCAAGCUGAACAGACAGAAGAGCUUCUCAGAAGAUGUUAUUUCUCACAAAGGCGACUUGAGGUUCAUCACCAUUUCUGGAAACAGGGUGUUAGAAGCUGCCAAAUCUUGCAGUAAGAGAGAUGGCAACAAGGUUGACAAGGAUAAUGUUGACACUUCUGCAACUCACAGAGAAGUCCAGAGCAAGCUAGAUCAUGCUACGGAUUGCUUUAGGUCUCUCUACUCCAAGUGUAAUAUUCUUGGAAAUAAUCUUAAAGACUUGGUGGAUAAAUAUCAACACUACGAGGAUGCUUCCUGUGGACUUCUAUCUGCGCUUCAGGUUUCGGAGGCCCUGGCCAACAAACACUUAUUUGAACCUAUUGCUGUGGACCCCCAAAAUCUGCAGAGGCAGUUAGAAGAGACUAAGGCUCUACAAGGACAGAUAUCAAGUCAGCAGGUUGCUGUAGAGAAACUGAAAAAAGCAGUGGAAGUGCUUUUAGAUGCCAGAGGGUCCUUACUUCCAGCCAAGAAUGACAUCCAGAAAACACUGGAUAACAUUGUGGGGAGAUACGAUGAUCUGUCCAAGUCUGUUAAUGAGCGAAAUGAAAAACUCCAGAUAACCCUGACCCGCUCCCUGAGUGUGCAGGAUGGCCUGGAUGAGAUGCUGGACUGGAUGGGAAGUGUGGAGAGUUCUGUGAAGGAACAGGAUCAGGUGCCUUUGAACUCUGCUGCACUUCAGGAUCUCAUCAGCAGAAAUAUUAUGUUGGAACAGGAUGUUGCAGGUCGUCAGAGCAGUAUAAAUGCCAUGAAUGAAAAAGUGAAGCAAUUUAUGGAAACUACAGACCCAUCCACUGCUUCCUCACUGCAGGCUAAAAUGAAGGACCUGUCUGUUCGGUUUUCAGAAGCCAGUCAGAAACACAAAGAAAAACUUGCCAAAAUGGAAGAGCUGAAAACCAAAGUAGAAAUGUUUGAAAGCCUCUCAGAAAUGCUACAGACAUUUUUAGAAACAAAAACUCAGGCUCUUACUGAGGUAGAUGUGCCAGGAAAAGAUGUCACUGAAUUGUCUCAGUAUAUGCAGGAAUCAACUUCUGAAUUCUUAGAACACAAGAAAGAUCUUGAAGCUUUACAUAAUCUCUUGAUGGAGAUAUCCAGCCAAGGCUUACCAGGUGAUAAAGCUCUGGUUUUUGAAAAAACAAAUAAUUUGUCUAAGAAAUUCAAAGAAAUGGAGGAUACCAUCAAAGAAAAAAAAGAAGCUGCAACUUCUUGUCAAGAACAACUGGAAGCUUUCCAAGUCCUUGUGAAAUCACUGAAGUCAUGGAUAAAAGAAACAACAGAGCAGGUUCCCAUUUUGCAGCCUUCCUUUGGUGCAGAAGAUUUAGGAAAAUCUCUGGAAGAAACAAAGAAAUUACAAGAAAAGUGGAGUUUAAAAACACCAGAGAUUCAGAAAGUAAACAACAGUGGCAUCUCACUGUGUAACCUCAUAAGUGCUGUGACCACCCCUGCAAAGGCAAUAGCAGCAGUUAAAUCAGGUGGAGUAAUAUUAAAUGGUGAAGGGACAGACACAAAUACACAGGAUUUUUUGACAAGUAAAGGUUUAACAUCCAUUAAAAAGGAUAUGACUGACAUAAGUCAUGGUUAUGAAGAUCUUGGCCUCUUACUCAAGGACAAAAUAGCUGAACUGAAUACUAAACUCUUCAAAUUGCAGAAGGCUCAGGAAGAAUCAAGUGCAAUGAUGCAGUGGUUACAGAAAAUGAACAUGACUGCGACAAAAUGGCAUCAGACACCAACACCUGCUGACACUGAAGCUGUGAAGACUCAAGUUGAGCAGAAUAAGUCAUUUGAGGCAGAACUGAAGCAAAAUGUAAACAAAGUGCAAGAGUUGAAGGACAAACUGACAGAGCUGUUGGAGGAGAACCCAGAUAUUCCAGAGGCCCCUAAAUGGAAACAGAUAUUGACAGAAAUAGAUUCUAAGUGGCAAGAACUCAACAAAUUAACAGUUGAUAGACAACAAAAACUGGAAGAAUCCUCCAAUAAUCUAACCCAAUUCCAGACUGUCGAAGCUCAGUUAAAACAGUGGCUUGUGGAAAAAGAACUGAUGGUCAGUGUUCUCGGGCCCUUGUCCAUUGACCCAAAUAUGCUGAACACACAAAGGCAACAGGUGCAGAUUCUGCUGCAAGAAUUUGACACCCGGAAACCUCAGUAUGAACUGCUCAGGGCAGCCGGCCAGAGCAUUCUGAGCAGACCUGGAGAAGACCCUUCUCUGCAUGAGGUUGUGAAAGAGCAACUGGCAGCUGUGACCCAAAAGUGGGAUGGCCUCACGGGACAACUGAGUGACAGAUGUGACUGGAUUGACCAAGCCAUUAUCAAAAGCACACAGUAUCAAAGCCUGCUGAGAAGCCUUUCCAGUAAACUGAGUAAGCUGGAGAGUAAACUCAGCAGCAGCCUGGCCGUGAGCACACUCCCUGAUGCUAUGAACCAGCAGUUGGAAACAGCCCAGAAACUGAAGCAGGAAAUAGAGCAGGAAACACAACAGAUAAAAGUGGCCCAGGCACUCUGUGAGGACCUGUCAGCACUGGUUAAAGAGGAGUAUUUGAAAGCAGAACUUAGUAGGCAACUGGACAGCAUCUUAAAAUCAUUUAAGGAUAUUGAACAGAAAGCAGAAAAUCUUGUCCAGCACCUUCAGUCAGCCUGUGCAAGCUCUCAUCAAUUUCAGCAAAGGUCUAGAGAUUUUCAGGCUUGGCUAGAUACAAAGAAAGAAGAGCAAAAGAAGUCUCAUCCAGUAUCAGCCAGACUCGAAGUCUUGGAAUCAUUAAUUAAAGAUCAGAAAGACUUUAGUAAAACUUUGGCUGCACAGUUUAGUAUUUAUGAAAAAGCCAUUGCAGAAGGUGAAAAUCUAUUAUUGAAAACACAAGGGUCUGAGAAGGCAGCCUUACAGUUACAGCUUAACAUGAUUAAAAACAACUGGGAUGGAUUUAAUAAGCAGGUGAAAGAAAGAGAAGACAAGUUAAAAGAUUCUUUGGAAAAAGCCCUCAAGUACAAAGAAUGUGUGGAGACCCUCCAUCCGUGGAUAGAUAAAUGUCAGAACAGCCUGGAGGUAUUCAAAUUUUGUUUGGAUCCUGCUGAAACAGAGAAUUCUAUUUCCAAGCUGAAGUCUCUGCAGAAGGAAAUGGACCAACACUUUGGUAUGGUAGAACUGCUGAACAACACAGCCAAUAGCCUACUCAGUGUUUGUGAGGUAGAUAAAGAGGUAGUUACAGAUAAGAAUAAAGCACUGAUCCAGAAGGUGGACAUGGUCACUGAACAACUUCACAGUAAGAAAUUCUCUCUGGAGAACAUGGCCCAGAAGUUUAAAGAAUUUCAAGAAGUUUCUAAAGAAGCCAACAGGCAGCUUCAGAGUACAAAGGAACAGCUAGAUGUCCAUGAUUCCCUGGGGCCCCAGGCUUACAGUAACAAAUACCUGACCAUGUUGCAGACUCAACAGAAAGCACUGCAGACCUUGAAGCACCAGAUAGAUUUGGCCAAGAGACUUGCUCAGGAUCUUGUGGUAGAAGCCUCAGACUCGAAAGGAACCUCUGAUAUUUUAUUACAAGCAGAAACCUUAGCAAAAGAGCAUAGUACACUAAAUCAGCAGGUUGAUGAAAAGUGCUCAUUCUUAGAAACCAAGCUUCAGGGCAUUGGACAUUUCCAGAAUACCAUCCGAGAAAUGUUUUCUCAGUUUACAGAGUUUGAUGAUGAGCUGGAUAGCAUGGCUCCAGUGGGAAGAGAUGUAGAAACAUUACAAAAGCAAAAGGAUGCUAUAAAAAUCUUUCUGAAGAAACUAGAAGCCCUCAUUGCAAGCAAUGACAAUGCCAAUAAAACCUGCAAGAUGAUGCUGGCCACAGAAGAAGCUUCUCCUGACCUUGUUGGAAUCAGAAGAGACUUGGAGGCCCUAAGCAAACAGUGUAACAAGUUACUAGACCGAGCACAUGCUAGAGAGGAGCAGGUUGAAGGAAUGCUUGAACGUCUUAAAGAAUUCUACAGCAAAUUUAAAGAAUUUUCUACUCUGCUCCAAAAGACUGAGGAACAUGAAGAGUCACAAGGUCCUGUUGGGAUGGAGAUAGAGACAAUUAAUCAGCAGCUUGCUGUAUUCAAGGUAGGGAAUUCUUCAUUUUUACUUCAUGUUUUUAUUCCUGAAAGAAUUCAUAGGAAUCGUCAGUUGGAAGGCAUCUCAGUGGUAGCACAGCAGUUUCAUGAAACUUUAGAACCACUGAAUGAGUGGCUCACCACCAUAGAAAAGAGACUGGCAAAUUGUGAACCCAUAGGAACCCAAGCAUCUAAACUUGAGGAACAGAUUGCUCAGCACAAAGCCCUAGAAGAUGACAUCAUCAGUCACAGUAAACACUUACACCAGGCUGUUAGCAUUGGCCAGUCCUUAAAGGUUUUGAGCUCCAGGGAGGAUAAAGAUAUGGUGCAGAAUAAAUUAAAUUGCUCUCAAGUGUGGUACAUUGAGAUUCAAGAGAAAAGUCUCAGCAGGUCUGAGCUCCUCCAGCAGGCCCUGUGUAAUACUAAGAUUUUUGGGGAAGAUGAAGUUGAGCUGAUGACCUGGCUGAAUGAAGUGCAUGACAAACUGAGCAAGUUCUCAGUCCAAGAUUACAGCCCUGAGGGGCUCUGGGAGCAGCAGGCUGAACUGCGGGUUCUACAAGAGGACAUACUACUCAGAAAACAAAAUGUAGAUCAGGCAUUACUCAAUGGCUUAGAACUUCUUAAACAAACCACAGGUGACGAAGUUUUAAUAAUUCAAGAUAAGUUGGAAGCCAUUAAAGCAAGGUACAAAGACAUUACCGAACUGAGCACUGAUGUUGCCAAGACUCUGGAGCAGGUGCUGCAGCUCUCAGGGCGGCUUCACUCCACGCACGAGGAGCUGUGUACCUGGCUGGACAAAGUGGAGAUGGAAUUACUCUCUUACGAGACACAGGUUCUGAAAGGAGAAGCAGCAAGCCAAGCAUACAUGAGACAGAAGGAGCUGAAAAGGGAAGCUAAGAACAACAAAGCCUUGUUGGAUUCCCUUAAUGAAGUGAGCAGUGCUUUGCUGGAACUGGUGCCAUGGAGGGCCAGAGAAGGACUGGGGAAGAUGGUGGCCGAAGACAAUAAACGCUACCGAUUAGUGAGCGAUACCAUCACUCAGAAGGUGGAGGAGAUUGAUGCUGCCAUUCUGCGAUCACAGCAGUUUGACCAAGCUGCUGAUGCUGAGUUAUCCUGGAUUACUGAAACAGAAAAGAAAUUGAUGUCUCUGGGUGACAUCAGGCUUGAGCAAGACCAGACUUCUGCUCAGCUGCAGGUUCAAAAGACAUUCACCAUGGAGAUUUUGAGACACAAGGAUAUUAUUGAUGAACUUGUUAAAUCAGGGGAUAAAAUCAUGGCCACAUCAAGUGAAGAGGAAAAGCAAUCAAUGAAGAACAAACUGGACAAGGUAUUGAAAAACUAUGAUGCCAUCUGCCAGACAAACUCAGAGAGGUAUCUGCAGCUAGAGCGGGCACAGUCCCUUGUCAGCCAGUUCUGGGAGACAUAUGAAGAACUCUGGCCUUGGCUGACAGAAACACAGAGAAUCAUCUCUCAGCUUCCUGCUCCAGCCCUUGAGUAUGAAACUCUAAGACAGCAGCAAGAAGAACAUCGGCAACUGCGAGAGUUGAUUGCUGAACACAAGCCACACAUAGAUAAGAUGAACAAGACUGGGCCACAGUUACUGGAAUUGAGCCCAGGGGAAGGCUUUUCUAUUCAAGAGAAGUAUGUGGCAGCUGACACUCUGUAUAGUCAAAUUAAAGAAGAUGUCAAAAAGCGUGCCGUGGCACUGGAUGAAGCCAUGUCUCAGUCAACUCAGUUCCAUGACAAGAUUGACCAGAUCCAUGAGAGCCUGGAGCGUAUUGUGGAGCGUCUGAGGCAGCCACCUUCCAUCUCUGCUGAGGUUGAAAAGAUCAAGGAGCAGAUCAGUGAAAAUAAGAACAUAUCGGUAGACAUGGAAAAGUUACAACCAUUGUAUGAAACUCUUAAGCUGAGGGGAGAGGAAAUGAUUGCUAGAUCUGGGGGCACUGAUAAAGACACAUCUGCCAGAGCUGUUCGGGAUAAACUUGACCAAAUGGUUUUCAUCUGGGAGAACAUACACACACUAGUGGAAGAAAGGGAAGCCAAACUAUUGGAUGUCAUGGAACUAGCAGAAAAGUUCUGGUGUGAUCACAUGUCACUGGUAGUUACCACUAAAGAUACCCAGGAUCUAAUUCGGGACCUGGAAGAUCCAGGAAUUGAUCCCUCAGUAGUAAAACAGCAGCAGGAAGCAGCAGAGGCCAUAAGGGAAGAAAUAGAUGGGCUGCAGGAAGAGCUGGACAUGGUCAUUAACCUGGGUUCGGAACUCAUUGCUGCAUGUGGAGAGCCUGAUAAGCCCAUUGUCAAGAAGAGCAUGGAUGAGUUAAAUUCAGCAUGGGAUUCUCUAAACAAAGCUUGGAAAGAUCGGAUUGACAGACUGGAGGAGGCCAUGCAGACUGCAGUUCAGUACCAGGAUGGACUGCAGGCAAUAUUUGACUGGGUGGAUAUUGCAGGUGGUAAAUUAGCUUCAAUGUCUCCAGUCGGAACAGAUCUUGAAACUGUCAAACAGCAGAUGGAAGAGCUAAAGCAAUUUAAGUCAGAGGCUUAUCAACAACAGAUAGAAAUGGAAAGACUGAACCAUCAAGCAGAACUUUUGCUGAAGAAAGUAACAGAGGAGAAUGACAAACACACAGUUCAAGACCCAUUAAUGGAACUGAAAUUGAUAUGGGAUAGCCUGGAUGAGAGAAUUAUCAACCGACAGCACAAGCUGGAGGGUGCUCUGCUGGCCCUGGGUCAGUUUCAGCACGCACUGGAUGAGCUUUUGGCGUGGCUGACACACACCGAGGGCUUGCUAAGUGAACAGAAGCCUGUUGGUGGUGACCCGAAAGCCAUUGAAAUUGAACUUGCCAAGCAUCACGUGCUCCAAAAUGAUGUAUUAGCCCAUCAGUCCACAGUGGAAGCUGUUAAUAAAGCAGGAAAUGAUCUAAUUGAAUCAAGUGCAGGAGAAGAAGCAAGCAACCUUCAGCACAAGCUAGAGGUUUUAAAUCAACGCUGGCAAAAUGUUUUGGAAAAAACAGAACAAAGAAAGCAGCAGCUGGAUGGUGCCUUGCGCCAGGCCAAAGGCUUCCAUGGUGAGAUUGAGGAUUUGGAGCAGUGGCUGACUGACACAGAGCGUCACCUGUUGGCAUCGAAGCCCCUGGGAGGUUUGCCAGAAACAGCCAAAGAGCAGCUUAAUGCCCACAUGGAAGUCUGUGCUGCCUUUGAUGUUAAAGAAGAAACAUACAGGAGCCUGAUGCAGAAAGGCCAACAGAUGCUUGCAAGAUGCCCCAAAUCUGCAGAGACAAAUGUUGAUCAAGACAUAAAUAACCUGAAAGAAAAAUGGGAAUCAGUGGGAAUGAAACUCAAUGAAAGGAAAGCUAAACUGGAAGAGGCUCUCAAUUUAGCAGUGCAGUUUCACAACUCCCUCCAGGACUUCAUCAGCUGGCUCACUCAAGCGGAGCAGACCCUGAAUGUGGCUUCCAGGCCAAGUCUUAUCUUGGACACAGUCUCGUUUCAAAUUGACGAGCAUAAGGUCUUUGCCAAUGAAGUAAAUUCUCACCGUGAGCAGAUAAUAGAACUGGACAAAACUGGAACUCACCUGAAGUAUUUCAGUCAGAAACAAGAUGUUGUCCUAAUUAAGAAUCUACUUAUCAGUGUGCAAAAUCGGUGGGAAAAAGUAGUUCAACGGUUAGUAGAAAGAGGAAGAUCCUUGGAUGAUGCAAGGAAGAGAGCCAAGCAGUUCCAUGAAGCAUGGAGUAAACUUAUGGAAUGGCUAGAAGAGUCAGAAAAGUCGUUGGAUUCUGACCUGGAAAUUGCCAAUGAUCCAGACAAAAUAAAAACACAGCUUGCACAGCAUAAGGAGUUUCAGAAAUCACUCGGAGCCAAGCACUCUGUCUACGAUACCACCAACCGAACUGGACGUUCCCUAAAGGAGAAAACCUCCCUGGCUGACGACAACCUGAAGCUGGACGACAUGCUGAGUGAACUUAGAGACAAGUGGGACACCAUAUGUGGAAAGUCUGUGGAGAGACAAAACAAAUUGGAGGAAGCACUGUUAUUCUCUGGACAGUUCACAGAUGCCCUGCAGGCCCUCAUUGAUUGGUUAUAUAGAGUUGAACCCCAGCUAGCAGAAGACCAGCCUGUCCAUGGAGACAUUGAUUUGGUGAUGAAUCUGAUUGAUAAUCACAAGGUCUUCCAAAAAGAGCUGGGGAAGAGGACCAGCAGUGUACAGGCCCUGAAGCGCUCUGCCCGGGAGCUUAUAGAAGGCAGCCGCGAUGACUCCUCCUGGGUCAAGGUCCAGAUGCAGGAGCUGAGCACACGCUGGGAGACUGUGUGUGCACUUUCUAUAUCAAAGCAGACGCGGCUAGAAGCAGCCCUACGUCAGGCAGAAGAGUUCCACUCAGUGGUACAUGCUCUCUUGGAGUGGCUGGCCGAGGCAGAGCAAACCCUGCGUUUCCAUGGUGUUCUCCCAGAUGAUGAGGAUACUCUCCGAACUCUCAUUGACCAGCAUAAAGAAUUCAUGAAGAAACUGGAAGAAAAAAGAGCUGAGCUCAAUAAAGCCACCAAUAUGGGUGAUGCCGUUUUGGCCAUCUGCCACCCUGAUUCUGUCACCACCAUUAAGCACUGGAUAACAAUCAUCCGGGCCAGGUUUGAGGAGGUACUGGCCUGGGCAAAGCAGCAUCAGCAGAGGUUAGCAAGUGCUCUGGCUGGGCUCAUUGCUAAAAAGGAGUUGUUGGAAGCUUUGCUGGCUUGGUUGCAGUGGGCUGAAACUACACUCAAUGAGAAGGACAAAGAAGACAUCCCCCAGGAGAUUGAGGAGGUGAAAGCCCUCAUUGCAGAGCACCAGUCCUUCAUGGAGGAAAUGACCAGAAAGCAGCCUGAUGUUGAUAAAGUCACCAAGACCUAUAAGCGGAGAUUAGCUGAUCCUCCCUCGUUGCAGUCCCACAUUCCAGUCCUGGAUAAGGGGCGAGCAGGAAGAAAACGCUUCCCAGCAUCCAGCUUAUAUCCCUCUGGAUCACAGACACAAAUUGAAACCAAGAAUCCCAGGGUAAACCUGCUGGUGAGCAAAUGGCAGCAAGUCUGGCUCCUCGCGUUGGAAAGGAGGAGGAAGCUCAAUGAUGCCUUAGACAGGCUGGAAGAGCUGAGGGAAUUUGCUAACUUUGAUUUUGAUAUUUGGCGCAAAAAAUACAUGCGGUGGAUGAAUCACAAGAAAUCUCGAGUGAUGGACUUCUUCAGGAGAAUUGAUAAAGAUCAGGAUGGAAAGAUCACCCGGCAAGAAUUUAUUGAUGGAAUUCUUUCCUCAAAGUUCCCAACCAGUCGCCUGGAGAUGAGUGCAGUUGCAGACAUCUUUGACAGAGAUGGUGAUGGAUACAUUGACUACUAUGAAUUUGUAGCAGCUCUUCACCCAAAUAAAGAUGCAUAUAAACCCAUCACAGACGCUGACAAAAUUGAAGAUGAGGUCACAAGGCAGGUAGCUAAGUGUAAAUGUGCAAAACGAUUUCAAGUUGAACAGAUUGGUGAUAACAAAUACAGGUUCUUCCUGGGAAAUCAGUUUGGAGACUCCCAGCAGCUGCGGCUGGUUCGGAUCCUGCGAAGUACUGUGAUGGUCCGUGUUGGAGGUGGAUGGAUGGCACUUGAUGAGUUCUUAGUGAAAAAUGAUCCUUGCAGGGUUCAUCAUCAUGGGAGUAAAAUGUUACGUUCGGAAUCAAACUCUUCAAUUACUACUACUCAGCCUACUAUAGCUAAAGGAAGGACCAACAUGGAACUGCGUGAGAAGUUCAUCUUAGCAGACGGUGCCAGUCAGGGCAUGGCUCCUUUCCGACCCCGGGGCCGCAGAUCCCGGCCUUCCUCUCGGGGAGCUUCACCAAACAGAUCAACUUCUGUGUCCAGCCAAGCUGGUCAGGGGACCUCCCCACAGGUCCCUGCCACCAGCACACCCAAGAUUCUCCAUCCUUUAACACGCAAUUAUGGUAAACCAUGGUUGACAAACAGCAAAAUGUCAACUCCUUGUAAGCCAGCAGAGUGCCCAGACUUUGCCGUGUCUUCUGCAGAGGGAACACCAAUACAAGGCAGCAAGCUUCGACUUCCGGGGUAUUUAUCAGGGAAAGGCUUUCACUCUGGGGAGGAGAGUGGCUUGAUCACAACGGCAGCUGCCAGAGUCCGAACACAGUUUGCUGAUCCCAAGAGGACUCCCAGCCGACCCGGAAGCCAUGCGGGGAGCAAAGCUGGCAGCAGGGCCAGCAGCCGCAGAGGCAGUGAUGCGUCCGACUUUGACAUCUCGGAAAUCCAGUCUGUGUGCUCAGAUGUGGAGCCAGUUCCCCAGACACACAGACCUGUACCCCGAGCAGUUUCUCGCCCAUCCACAGGGAAGCCUUCCAAAAUCCCCACGCCUCAGAGGAGAUCACCUGCCAGCAGACCGGACAAGUCCUCCAAGAGAUAGUGCAAUCCAUUCCUCUGGGCCUUCCUUAAACAUUUAUUAUUUAAGUUUGAACAGUGUAAAGUAUGAUGUAGAAAUUAUUGUUAAAUACCCCCAAGAGAUGAGUUUAAAAUUCUGCAGAUGGCCUUAUCUGUGUAUAUGCCUUUUUAUUUGAUCUGUAUCAUUUUUUUGGUCAGAUAUUCUGGGGCUAAAGUCACAUCAUAUGUGAUAGGGAAGAAAGAGUCUGAUGUGGGCUAAUAUUUCUGCACCUAACAUGUACACUAAGCAUACACUAAAGUCAGUUACUGUACUACAGGUAAGUCUCCAUUCUCUCUGACAACCACAGCACUACAUUGAUAGCUGACACUAAAGACACCUCAUGAUGUAUUUUCUUGUUUUAUAUGGAAAUUCCAAACAGCGGGAAGACACAGACCAGGGAUAUAUUUUAAGAUGAUACAAAUGUAAAGUCAAAGUUGGGGGGCAGCAAGACAAACAUAUCCACACACAAUUCUUCAAGCAGUAUCUGACAGAGAACUCACAGGCAUUUACUUAACCACUUGCCAGUACCAUCAUACUCAAGUAUGGGGCAGUUUUUCUGUGCCGUGGCUUUAAAGGCAGCCAGCCAGAGGCAUCCUGGAUACUAGGCCUAUUACACUGUAAGAAUAUAAUCAUAAAGUGCAGUUGUAUAAAUAUGAGGUUUUCUUUUGCUUGAGUGGACAGUAGCCACCUGUAUCAUUGAACUCAUUUUGUAACAAAGCAAUUUUUGCUUGCAAAAAGCUAUGAAAUAAAAACAUGUCCCUUAACUACAUUGCUAUGGAAUUAAUUUUUUCCCCAGGGAAAAUUGGUGUAUUUUUUAUAAGCAGUAUCAAUUUGGAGUGACCAAAAGAUACAUUAAAAUGGGUUUAUUUUGAUUUCUCAUCCGAAAUAACCAUGUUCUGGUAUUAUAUCUACCUAUAUUUAAUAAAUAUAUACAUUUUAAUUUAUUAUGUAUACUCACAUACUAUAUAAGAUAUUAGCCUGCAUUUAAUAAAACAUAUUCACUUGAA